AUGGCUGACACCUCCAAGUUGCAUCCUGCGACUACCGUCACCAAUAUCAAAUCAUGCAUUCCUAUUGUGCUUGACUACGAAGGAAGUCAAUACAAUAACUGGGCUACCCUCUUCAAGCUCCAUUGUCGUGCAAACUUGGUCAUUGACCACAUCUUACCUCCUGCCUCCCCAACUGUGCCACCACCGGCAACUGCAGUCGAAAAACUUGCUGCUAAGGCCCUAUGGGAACGGCUAGAUGACAUUGUUCGGCAAUGGAUAUAUGGUACGAUAUCGAAUGAUCUUCUCAACACGAUCAUUCAUCAAGAGGACACCGCAGCCGAAGCUUGGGACCGUCUUGUUCAUCUCUUUCAGGACAACAAAUCGGCUAGGGCUCUUGCUCUUGAUGCAAAAUUCACCAACACAAAAUUGGUGGAUUUUCCAAAUGUGAAAGCAUACUGCACCAGGCUGAAAGUUCUUGCAGACAAUCUCGCCAACGUCGGUCACAAAGUUUCCGACGAACGACUUGUGCUUCGUCUUCUACGAAGGUUGUCGGAGGAAUAUAAAACUUUUCGCACGACGGUGCAGCACCGUACUCCUCUCCCAUCUUUUGACGUUGUCCGAUCGAUGCUUGAGCUUGAGGAGGAUAGCCAUGCCGAGGACGCCAUUCACGACUCCGACUCCAAUGCUGCUCUUGUUUCCCACAAUGUUACUCCUCAGAAUUUCUCAGGAAAUGGACAUCCCAAUAACUCUGCAAAUAACUUCAACAAUCGUGGGAAUUCGCAGAAUCGUGGAAAGAAAAAUAACCACGGUCGCAGCGGCGGCAACCGUAACAACCGCGGUUGCAGCGGCGGCAACCGCAACAACCGCGGUGGCAGCGGCAAUGGACAAAGCAGCGGCGGGGGCAGCCGCACCAAUGCACAGGCAUACCAGCCCGCCGCGUCACAGCAGCAGGGACCCGCUGCCCCGUCGUGGUAUUUUCCACCGUGGGCAGCUUGA